ACCUUCAAUAAUAUUAUUAGUCCAGAAAGUGCCUUUUGUUGAGUCAAAAUCUAUGCGUGUUGUCUCUGACUUUGUUCAAUUUCUCAAACCAUCUUCAAAACCUACACAAUCCUUUUGUUUCUAUUUCCGAUCUUUGACGUUUGGAUCUCUUAUCUGUGACUUUGCAAAUAUUCAAUGGAAAAGGGUAGUGGUUGUGUCAAUUUUUGCUGAGGAUCAAGUUAAAAAUACUCAAUGGUAAACCCCGAAGUGUCGAGUCAGGCAAAAAUAUCCUAUAGGCCUAUACAACCUUCUGACCUCAACAUUUUAGAGCAUAUCUACACCGAACUAUUUCCUAUAAGGGCUCCUCCUGCUUUUUACCAUGAUGUGGUAAAUGGAUGCGGCAUUGUGUCAUGGGGAGCUGUGGACUCUAGUCGGCCCGAUGGCCAAAGUGAUGAACUCAUUGGAUUUGUGAUAGCAUGUGUUGUUCUUGCAAAAGAAAGCGAGGUACUGGAUAUGCUCGGAUAUGACUCAUCCAAAUCAGAUCAAACUUUAGUGCACAUUCUGGCACUGGGAGUAGUGGAGGCCUAUCGAAAUUUUGGAAUAGCUUCUUCUCUGCUUAGGGAGGUCAUAAAAUAUGCUUCAAGUACUCCAACCUGCCUAUCUGUUUUCUUGCAUGUAAUUUCUGACAAUAAUCCAGCAAUCUCUCUGUACAAGAAAAUGUCUUUCAAGUGUGUGAGAAGGCGGCAGGGAUUUUAUUUAAUAAACGGCCAACAUUAUGAUGCAUACUUGUUCCUGUACUGCAUAAACGGGGGGCGAUCUCCUUGGUCACCAUUACAGCUUCUAACUUCAAUAGUAAGCUACACGAGGACCGGGUUUAAUUCGAUGGUCGGAAGACUGUGCAAGAGUGAAGACGGGAAAGUCUCAACUCUCAAGGUGGGAAAAGUGUAAAGAAAGCCAUACUCUUGUAGCAGGGAGAGGGACACCGGACACAUAAAAAGAGAAACCUGGCAGUUGAAUGUACUGGAUAUGAGUGUGUUUAAUUCUUUUUUUUUCUUUUAAUGUUUCCUGUAUCAUUCAAACCCACUCUUGAUUCACUCUAGAAGGUUUAUAUUGAAACAUAUAAUAAAACUUACUGUAACAACCAGAUCCUACGGAUCAAGAUCCUCUCAUGUGUAAUAAACUUCCCUACGCUACCUCAUUUUCCUUCUUUUGUAUUGGGUUGAAGUACCCCUUGUACUUCUAUUCAAUGGAAGCAGAAAUAUGGCAUCUCAA